GUCAUUGGUCAUACGUUCUUGCUAUUUUUUGAGACUUUCUAUUUUUCUAAGCAUGCAUAAAAUACUAUUUUUGAUUUCGUCCAAAUUCCAAAAGUGUUCGUUGUAAAAGGGUUGAAUUACUUGUAAUUGACGAUCUGGACAACAAGGGCGAGCACGAUGCCGGUUAUUUUCAGUCCUGAAGGGAUGGUGGAGCAAGUUUUGAAGAAUCCAGCGACAGCGUUGAAUAAAGAAAUUUGCGCUUCUCACAUUAUUAAAGUUUGGGAGGCCGUUUCUGGCUACAUCAUUCAACAGCUUUGCAAAGGUCGAGCAGUCCGAAUCGACCAUCUAGCAAUUAUUACUUUCAAAGUGAAGACUGUUGAAAUGUCGCAGCGAGAAGUCAUGAUUCAAAAGGUACCCCACAUCCUCCUCUCUGCUGAAAUUGAAAAGCGUCAUGGACUCAAAAUCAAGCGUCCCGUCUACAACUUGGAUGUUCCUGAAGUUGACCUAAAUCUGUCCACCAUUGCUCUCUGCACCAACUUGACUCGAGCCCAUGUCGAAUAUUGCAUCGACGAAAUUAUUUGUGCAUUUAAUCGAGCUUUGAUGUGCGAUCCUCAGGUCGAAUUUUGGUUUCCAAAAAUUGGAAGAGUGGUAAUUCAAUGCGCUGAUGUUGACGUCGUUUUCGCUACAUCAUUCCUCAAUCUUCUCGGCUACAGUGAUGAAUUCGUCCAAGACAAAGCAUGUCCACUUCGUUAAUCUACUUCUCAACUUGUAAUCAAACCCAACCCGACGCCAAAUGUGAUAUUUCUACAUUCUACGGUGCUAAUAUAUUUGUGCUUUAUUUCGUCGUAAUAUAAUUAGUUCUGCAUUGUCAAUGUCAAGAUUCCGAGCAAUAAUAUGAAUAAACCUAUAUAACGAAA